GUGUCAUUGAGGUUAUCUCCAUGGUAGCUAGAACGUACAGUUGACAAACGGUUAAUAUGUUAGCGCUGCGUUCAGUUGAGUCGUUGGAGUUGAGUUCCAACUGACAGAAUUGAUAGAAACUAUACAUCAAACUUUUAUGUUAGAACUUGAGACAGAGAUUACUAAGUAAUGUAUACAAGUCUAUCAGUGCUUAUUAUCAUCUUAUAUGUGGCCAUACCAAUUACAGAUGGAGCCACUUGUGCAUCGUAUUCAACGUGCCAGGCCACAGACUACACUUUGUCUACCUGUACCAGCGGUACCUGUAAUUGUCUCAACUCGUCUUUUGUUCCCAUACGAUCUGGCUGCGCUUUAAAACUGGCCAAGCCAGUGAUCAUCACAGCCUCUCAGAAAUCCAAUCAGGUUUUAGCAGGAGCGACGUUCACUGUUUACUGUCGAGUAGCUGACUCUUCAGACAAUUACGAGUGGUUCCUAGAUAAUACGAAACUACCUACUCAAUACAAUGACCACACAGAUACAGCCAGUCCGGCCACCGUUGGAACUUUUACCUGUAGAGCUUUUGGACAAGAGCCAUCGAUCAUGUCAGAUCUCAGUGACCCGUUCAAAAUGGAGCUGCUAGGCGAGGAUGGAAUAACUACUACGAGUGUUCAACCCGUCAUCUCUCUACCUCCAGUUGUAUUCGCUGGUUCUACUCUUAACAUCAUGUGCACCAAUGUACCUUUUGGUAUUUUUGAAAGAAAAUACACAGUGAAUGGCGUAGAAAACAGUAAUAACAUUGUUGUUAUAGAUGCCAGCAAUGCUGGUAAAGAUGUCACCUGUUCUAUAAAAACGAUACCCGCGGGUUUGACCUUCACAAAACCAAGUGUAGUCGCAAAACUACCAACAUUGAUCACCAACAUACAGUCUGUCAGUGUUAGAAUACACGACGUAACAGUGACCGAGGUUAUAGUGGAAGAUUCUACAACCAUAAAUAUGAAAUGUUCUGAGUCACCUGAAAGAAUAUGGCUCGGCACAUACUCUUCUAUCACAUUCACUUGGCAGAGAAACAGUUCCCCUCUUAGUGAAACAGGCGAAACACUCCCUCUGACGACUUCCGGCACAUACUCCUGCUCUGUAAAACUUGAUUCUAAAGUUGCAGUUACAAGCAACACAGUUCAAGUCACUGUCAGUAGUACCCCUCUCGUGACAACAACUGCAACCAAUCCAGUUAAAGGCAGUCGUGUGAUCCUGACCUGUGGGCCCAAGCGGGGAGACGGCGUCGUGUACACCUGGAGCAAAGAUUCUGUCAUCUUUUACCGCCAGUUUGACCGGAAGCUUCACCUGGACAAUGUGGACACUGCAGACAGUGGCACUUAUUCUUGUUCCGCUUUUUACAAUGGCCUCUUCUACUCCGGAAGUAUAACCUUUAAUGUACAAGAGACUUCUACAGCUGAAUGUGGCCUCGACAAGAACUGCACUAAGAUUGGAUUUGUAUGCGAUAAUACAGUCUGUAAGUGUGCCAGUGGACAUUUUCAGGACGAUGGUUCGUGUGUCGCAAUAGAUGCAAAGACCAACACAACAAUAUGUGCCAGUGACAAGGACUGCACUCUGACUGGCUUCAAGUGUAACAAUAAGCUCUGUGUUUGUGCCAGCGGUAAUCUCCCCAUUAAUGGCGAAUGUUCCGCCGUGGAGAAAAAUGGAGUUGUCCAAGUUGUGAGCUCAAUGGUUCUCAUCAUGUUGACUUGUGUCAUCCUUAAGUUUAUAUAAGGCGUCAGUAGCCGGUGCUAUGACAUUAGUGGGUCUUAAACAAGUAAAAAAAAAACAACAGGCGUGACAAUUUUAACGACUCUUUCUGUGGGCCAAUGGCCGUAAACAGAAAGAUAUUUUUUGGCAAUUGCUUUUAUCUAAAUACAAGAAAUAUAAUUGUUAUGACAUAAAAUUUUAAGAUUGUAAUUUUGACGUUUAUAUUUUCUUCUUUGAAGUCAACUGUGUCAGAUAUACACCAAGAAACAAGUUAUGUUUUAAAAAUUAUAACAGGGCGUUUUCUGCUUUAUUUUGAAUUUAUAUAACAUUAGAUAAGAUAAUAAGAUAAGAUCAUUUUUAUUGAUACAAUCCAAUGGAAAUUCAGUUUGACAACAAUUGACAACCUCAGCGUAACUACUGUAACAAUAACAUUAUAGAUGCAAAUAGGAACAACUCACGAAACACAUACACACUCACAACCAGCGCUUUACGAAUUAGACUUCUAUGACAGCUGACCUUGUAACACUCUGACCAACAGUGGGAUGAAGGAGUUUAAAAAUCUUUCUGUUUUAGUUCUAAUGGAAAGGAGACGACCACUUCGUUCAGAUCUUAUGUAAUAGUGGUUUAAUGGGUGCAGGUUGUCUUUAAUAAUAGUGAGUGUUUUGCAAGGUAUCUUUCAUGGCAAAGCUCUUCAAGAGAUGGUAGCUGUGUUCGAGUGACAUACGAUGCUUUUUUAAUUAGUCUAUUCAGUCUAAGUCUUUGUGCAAGUGAAGUAUUACCAUACCAGCAGGUGAUGGCAAAGUUAAUUAGACUGCUGAUGGUUGCUGUAUAGAAAAGUUUAAUUAUUGUUUUAUCGAUGUUAUAUACAGAACAUAAUCCAGUACCAUUUAGACAAAUAAAAAAAAAUGACAAUAUUCCAGCGAUAGGCACUUUUUACACAGCACCGUUGUAAGAAAAUGUGUGGCAUGGAGUUCUACUCGUAAUCUUUGUCGACGUGAAUGUUGAGCCAAUAGAAAAAGUCGCUUCCUGUGGGAGGUUUAUGUCAGAUUUAAGAUAGCCAUUUUAUAGCCAGUGACUGACUUGCUUCAUAUUUCUUUGGAAGUUUACAAAGUCUUGUUUCGCGAGGCUUUGUCCACAUCUUCGUCCUCUUGUAAGGAUUUAGGUGUCUGUUAGCCUAAGUGUGUCUGUUAGCACUAAAAGUAUCUGUUAAUUCUAAGUGUGUCUGUUAACCCUAAAAGUGUCUGUUAGUUCUAAGUGUGUCUGUGAG